CCUUCCUCCGAGCCGCGCUUCCAGCGGGGAGAGCUCCAGCUCCCAACGCUGCAGUUUCGCUGGGUCCGGGAUGAAGAAACUUGUAGCCAAAUACUGCCGGCGCUUGUUGCGAAAUGGGAGCUGGAGGGAGCUCCUGGGUGAAUUGAGGGAAUAACACGUUAGACUCCUUUAGCAGUUAAACUGAACGAAACUUUCUGAGAGCUGUGUAAAGUUUUCUUUGAAGUGGCCGAAGUUUUGUACCUGCUCUGUGCAUACUUUUUUUUUUUUUUCCCUUUGGCUCAGUUCGGAAAGGAAAAUGAGUAGUUAAGCUUAAUGCAUGGAGAAAUGGCUCGGUUGAUUAUAUUUAGGAUCCACGGACUGAUGUAACAUAUUGAACAGCAGCCUUUGUGGAAAAAAAUGUCCUACUGUACCAAAGAGAGAGCUUGCUCAGAUUUGGCAAAGCCUCCAGUAAAUGAACCAAGGGAACAGGAACAGUUUCUGAUGCAGACGCCCCAGGGAAAUCCACUGCUGCUUUCCCACACCCUGCAAGAGCUAUUGAGCAAGGACAGUGUGCAGGUGGAGCUUAUACCUGAGAAGAAGGGCCUUUUUCUGAAACAUGUGGAAUAUGAAGUUUCCAGCAAGAGGUUCAAGUGCUCCGUGUACAGGCGAUACAACGACUUCGUGGUGUUCCACGAGAUGCUGCUGCACAAGUUCCCCUAUCGUAUGGUGCCAGCACUGCCCCCAAAGAGGAUGCUGGGAGCUGAUCGCGAGUUCAUAGAAUCGAGGAGGAGAGCGCUGAAGCGAUUUAUCAACCUGGUGGCUCGACAUCCCCCUUUCUCAGAAGAUGUGCUCUUGAAACUCUUUCUGUCCUUCAGUGGCUCAGAUGUACAGAAUAAGCUAAGGGAGUUGGUCCAGGGAGUAGGAGAUGAAUUUGUGACUUGCAGAUUAGCUACCCAGGCCAAGGACUUCCUCCCAGCUGACAUUCAGGCCCAGUUUGCUGCCAGCAGGGAGCUGAUCAGGAAUAUUUAUAACAGCUUUUACAAGCUGCGGGACCGCGCGGAGAGGAUCGCUGCCCGCGCCAUCGACAACGCCUCCGACCUGCUCAUGUUUGGGAAGGAGCUGAGUGCUUUGGGCUCAGACACUACCCCACUUCCUUCCUGGGCUGCUUUGAAUAACAACACAUGGGGGACUCUGAAACAAGCCUUGAAGGGUCUGUCUGUUGAAUUUGCACUCCUGGCAGAUAAGGCUGUGCAGCAGGGUAAACAGGAAGAGAAUGAUGUGGUGGAGAAGUUGAACCUUUUCCUGGAUUUACUCCAGUCCUAUAAAGACCUGUGUGAAAGGCACGAGAAGGGGGUGUUGCACAAGCACCAGCGAGCCUUGCACAAGUACAGCAUGAUGAAGAGGCAGAUGAUGAGUGCCACUGUGCAGAACAAAGAGCCAGAAUCUGUGGAGCAGCUGGAGUCCCGGAUUGUGGAGCAAGAAAACGCCAUCAUAACCAUGGAGCUGAGGAAUUACUUCUCCCUGUACUGCCUGCACCAGGAGACACAGCUCAUCCACAUCUACCUGCCUCUCACAUCUCACAUUCUGGGGGCCUUUGUCAACUCCCAGAUUCAGGGUCACAAAGAGAUGAGCAAAGUUUGGAAUGAAUUGAAGCCGAAGUUGAGCUGCCUUUUUGUGGGAUCCAGCAGUAUGCCAACUCCACCACUGUCACCUCCAGAGGGAAACUUCUUUUCCAGUUAAUGUUCCCAGCAUCCCACAUGGAGCAAGAAGGGCAAUCAAGGAAGGGGUGGGACCUCUACCUCCAAUGAAUUCUCCAAACAGCUUUUUUUUUUUUUUUUUUUUUUUUUUUUUUUUUUUUUUUUUUUUUUUUUUUUUUAAAUAUUGCUGCUUUGAGCUGCUCUCUGAUUUAGACUGGAUGUGGGGCAGAACAUAUGGAUAUAGAGACAAUUUUGUAAUUUUGCAAUGCCCUGGGGCAGAGCUGAUGUUCAUUUUCCUGCAGACACCCCUCAUGGGGUUGGGAUAUGGCCUGGCACAGCAAGUGCUGCAGUGUUGUUGCUGAGGCCUCUGCAUCUUGUACCAACAGUCCUCCAAUCAUGUUUAUCUGCAGCUGUGCUGACACAUCUCUGCACGUCUCUGAAGUGCUGAGAUGAACAGGAUAGCUGAAGCACUUGCUUGUAGUGGAGAUAAAUUGCUUUUUAUGCCUUGGAGGGCCUGUGUUAGGGAUGUGUGUGCAUAGGGAAUGCUGAAAGCCAUCCCCCAUCCCAUUGUAGGUGUCUGGAUUUGAUUUCUUACUGCUAGACCUUAGCACAAAAUGAAUGAAGUGGUUGGAUUUUGCAACCCAGCUGGGCAGGGGUCAGUGCUGCUGUGUGACAGGGAUUUUCCUGAUGGUGCUGGAUGGACUAUUGUCAGUGUAUUUCCCUUCAAGGUUGCAGGGCAGCCUGGGGACUUGCUCAUGUUUUUCAGUUUGGGGCCAAAGACAGCUGAGUUCAGGAACUCAGAGGAGUUUGCCUGACAUAAAUGGGAAAAUAAUUGAUUAAAACACUCCUAAAUUGUGAAUCACUUGUACUACAGGAGCAGAACAGCUACAAGGUAGCUUGUUUAUGUCUUCUGGAGGUUCUGACCUCCAUCUGGUGAGUAGCUGUUCAGAUCUGUUGGAGAGCUGCUGACCUGGGGGCUAGGCUGGUGUUUUCUUUGGUGUAAUAUCAGAAGUAUCCUGUUGCACCAGCAGGCUGGAACACAGUGCUGAUAAAGUUCAUUAGCCAAAAUUCAGUAUUAUCAGGAUGUUACUGCCAUUCUUCUUGGCUGUGGGUAGCAUUGCAGUGUUUGUUUGUGAAGGAGAGUAGACAAUUAAGUGAAAGUUCUCAUCUCUGAAAACACCACAGCCCUUGGUAAUGGGGUUUUCAAAACGGUUUGUGGUUGUGAUGAAGGGACUGAACACUCUCCACUUUGCAUCUCCAGUGGCUUUCCCUCAGGAGGCAAAGGGGGAGAAUGUGCAUGUUGUGUUACCUCAGGGGAAGUGGUGCACAUCCUCCAGAGCAACUGAUAAUCAAACUACAAACGUCUGCAGCACAACUGUGUGAGCAGCACUCCCUGAACCUGACUUCUCUGGGGCCAAAAUAGCUUCCAAAGGGGAAUUUGUGACUUGGCUUUUUAGCAUUUUCCUUGAAUGGGUAAAAAUGGAAGCACAUUAACAAGGAUGAGUGCUUGCUGUUAAAUUGGGACCAUUACAGUAUUUUCCCACUGGGGAACUCCCCCAUUGUCAGGAAGUGUAUUUAAAUCCUCCAAUCACAAAAGCUUUUUUGUUUUGGUUAUUUUUAAUUUCAAAAUUUCAGUGCAACAUGAAACUCUUCCUAGCCCAGGUGGAAAUACUGGAUUAGUUUCCUCAGCUAGGAGCAAAUUAUUUGCCCAGAUUCAGGAGACUGAAUAACCAUUACUCACAUUCCUCAGAAUGGAGUAAAUACACUGCUGUCAGUGAAUUCCUUGAGUGCUGGGCCUUAAACAGUGUGUAGCCAACCUUGCACAGAAUGCAGUAAGAGCUUUUUCCAACAAUUCAAAUGUUAACUCACUUUCCUCCUGCACAUGAGCCUUGUCCAGUGAGACAGAUGAACUGCAAAUGGUUGUGACAGAUUUGAUUCUCUCUUGGAGAUUUCCUAAGUGAUGCAGAAGAAAUUCCGCUCACAAGCUGGAGCAAACUGUCAGGGGAAGGAAAUGUUUCUGCAGUCCAGUUACAGAGAAGAUAUAAUCUCAGGCAUGGCACAACAGGUUUUUCUGCUUGACCUUGUCUUGAUUAGGAAGAUGGUUUGUGGUUCAAGUGUGGAAAGUGUGUUACCAGACUUUUCCAUGCUCUUCACUCCUGCCAUUAUCAGAAGGUGCUGGCUAGUUAUAGCUGGCUUAGUCUCAGCACCCAUCCUCCUUCAUUUAUCUUUGUUUGCCUGAUGUGGUGAACAGUGAAAUUGAGAAAAUACUGUGUGUUUUGGGGUAAGAUCUGAUAAUUUGUGAUGGAUCUCAUAUGUUAUUUGUUUAACUGGAAAGUGUUCUAUUGGAGUGCUUGCAAAGGACUAGCCUGAAUGGAACUUUGCAGUUCUUACUUUUAGAAAAAAAAUUACAAUUUUGAACUUGAUUAAAAACAAAAAACAACCCCCCAAAAAGCAAUCAUCAAAGUGACAUUAGGGCUUUAGACUAACUCCUCUUUCCUGUUCACCUUCAAGCACAAAUUGUACAGUCCUAGUGUAGAGACUGUAACAAUGAUAGAGACACCACAGGACCUAUAAAGAAACUGAAAUUACGUUGUUUUGAGAAACACCCCAUUCCUCCAUUGUCAGUCCUUGUGUCUUUUGAGGAGAUUUUUGGGGGUGGGCUUUUCUUGUUUUGGUUUUACUCUUCACCAGGUAUUUGAUAACUGAGGCCCAGUGUUCUCAAAGCUGAUUCAGCUGCUUGCACUUUCAGAGUUUAUCUCAUACUGGACUGUCAAGCUUCUCUCUCAUUCCUAAACACAUGCAGACACUAUUACAUACAUCUCUUAGUUUGCAAACCUUUCUUCUGGGAGACUGGUCAGUGUGCAAAUAGCACUGUUUGUUUACCUCAAUGUGUGAGGGAUUUCCUUACUGUCUUUGUUACAUUCAGCUUAUGGAUCUGUCAGACUUGGAGGGCAGCAUCAAGCACAGCUUCCUUCCUCCAGAGGGAAGCAGCAGAGACUCCAAGGAUCCAUCAAGCUGACUUCAUCUGUCUGUCUGCCCCAGCCGAUGUGGGAAAACAGUUGUAGUUACCUCCAUGCUCUUGCUUUCUGCAGUAAACACUAACCAGGCCAGACAAAUUGAGGAGUGUGUGCUGCCUAUCUGAGAUCUGCUACUGUAAGAUGCAGUGCCAAAGUGUUAAUGUGCUUUUGUGAAUAGAAACUUCUCUGUGUAUGCUUGAGGUCAGGGGACUUUCAUGUGCUCCAAGGAGUGAUGGUAGAAAAGCCUUCAGUGUCUGUCAGAGCAGUCCUGGAGGUACCAGGGUAGUCAACACCUGAGACCCUGAAAGGCUGCCUGAGAAUUGUUCUCUGAAAAGGGCUCGAUGUUUUGUCACUCCUGAGGGCUUCUCCACUUCCAGCUGUGAAGUGGGAAUACACAGCUUUUUGUCAGUAUGGUGUUGAAAGGCUCAAAACUCUAUUUACAAUACCUUAAAUCUUGGAUCCUUCUUUCCCUCUCCUUUCAUCUUCCUGGCAAGUUGCUCCUCCUAAGUCAUAACAUGUUCAAUGGUGCCUUGCUACAUUCCAGUGCUUUUAAUUCUUCUUUAACCAUGCAAGGGUGUAAUUCCUGGAAUUUGUAACAGGCUAAUUUACACUUCACUUUGUGCUGUUUACUAAAAGACAAAGGUAUCAGCUGGGUACAGAAUUUACUUAAAUCAUGUCAGUCUCAGGGCAGCAGGACCAGUAACAUCCCAGCUCUUUGACAUGAGCUAAAAAUUGGGGUUGGGGAAAGCACCUUUCUGAAAGGACUCACCUGACUGCACACAGGGGAUAGCAGAGGAGUGCAAGCCUGAGCCAUGCUUGUUCUUUUCCUACCCAGACUCCUGGAGGAACAGAAAGUAAUUGUGUGAUUGUCACGUGCUGUCUCUCACCCAGCAAUUUAGUUUCCACUAGGAAAUAGACCAUGGUAUUUAACAGGUAUUGGCUGCCAGUCAUUCCCUUUCCUACCAUGCAGUAAGGUCCUACACUCCGUAAAAGCUGCCCAUCCUUUUAAGGGGUGCUAAUUCUAUUUGCCCCAAGCCAUUCUGUCUGUUAGAGCAGCCAGGAACCCUCACUGCCAAGUCAGAAGCAGGGAUGGGUAUCAAAACCUCUGUAAGUGUGCAGCACAAAAGGAAAAGUAAGGUUUUAAGGUGUUAAUUCAUCCUUCUAAUUCUGAGCUGUGGCUUGCUGAGCAGAUGAAGAAGGAUGUUUUUGAGCAGUAUAAAUUUUUCCAAACUGCUGGAAGGAGACAAGAAACAGUCAUAGUUCAGAGGGUGUGAAUUUUGCCUGCCUGGAAUAUCCUGUAUCUUUGCUUUGCUCAAAUAGCCUUAUGUAUGAAGCACUUUAUCCAAAUGCAGGAAUUAAAGAACUAUUACUACAGCUGG